AUGUCGACAAACAUUAACUUGGGUCUAACUAGGAUUUAUUCUCUUCUUGAUUUACUUGAUAAACCUCAUCAAAGACUCUCUGUAAUUCACAUAGCUGGUACGAAUGGUAAAGGGUCUGUUUCUGCAUAUAUAGACCAAAUAAUUAUAAAAUCAGGAUUUAAAACCGCAAGGUUUAAUUCUCCCCACCUAAUUGAACCUCAUGACUCUAUAAGGAUAAAUGGUCAACCGAUUCAAAAAGAUGAUUAUAAUAAAACCUAUAAUCUUAUUAAUUCUAUUAAUUCCAAUAACAAUAUCGGUGCAAGUUCCUUUGAAUUAUUAACUGCUACAGCAAUUUGGUGGUUUGACUUUCAAAAAGUUGAUUUGGCUAUCAUCGAAGUUGGACUUGGUGGAAGAUUAGACGCUACAAACGAAAAAGCUGAUAUUAUGAAAACUGAUUGUAAAGUUGUGAUCGCUCCACAAAUUGAACAAGCGGCUGAGAAUAUAUUAAAGAAAUCAUCAAUGGAUUUAUUGGAUAAACCACAUUUUGAAUUUCUUCUUCCACUUAAAGGUGAUUUUCAACUUGAAAAUGCUGCCACAGCAGUUUUGGCAAUUGAUCUUUUGAGACAGACUGAACUUAAAUUUUCUAUAAUAACAAAUGAUCAUAUUAAGGAUGGAAUAGCUUUAUUGGUUGAUGGUGCACAUAAUCCAUCUGCAGCCAAAGCACUUAGAAAUUAUGUUGAUAAGCAAUUACAAUUACAAAAUAAGGAAAUUACAAAGACUUGUAAUGUUUGUUGGAUUUUUGCUGCCACAAAAGGAAAAGAUAUUUCGAAAAUACUUGAGUUAUUAAUGAGAAAUGGUGAUUCAUUGUUUGCAGUGAGUUUUACGAAUGUUGAGGGGAUGCCUUGGGUUAAAUGUUGUGAUCCACAAGUUAUUUUAGAAUAUGCAAAUUCGUUAGAAUCAAAGAUUAAUUCAAAAGUUGUAGAAAAUUUAGGUGAAGCGCUGCGUCAGACAUUUGCAAGUUACGAUGAACAAAGUCGAAUUGUGGUUUUAUGUGGAAGUUUGUACUUGAUAUCUGAUUUAUUUAGAAUGCUUCAAUGA